ACAACUCAAACCUUUGUACAGGAAACAAAUGCUUGAGAGACGUUGCCCAGAAAGAAUCAUGACUGAACUACAUCUUUCAAUGAAAACGAAAUCGGUUCUGACCUGUAAAAAUGAGCUGUGUGAAUAUGCAGUACAGCAGUAGCAUGCUGUUUAGCAUUUGGGCCCAAGGAAAGCGAGCAAAGCGAUGCGAUGCGGCGGCUCCAAGAAUAGGCAGCAUGCACCUGGUAGCCGUUGGCACACAGCAGGCACGCGCAGGUGAGCAGGCACGCAGCGGCAGCGGGAGGUCCGGAGAAUGCGGUGGCCGGUGGAGCGCACGUCCCGGUCGCCACCACCCCAAACAUAGCAGGCUGCUUAAACUUGGCGCGCGCCUGUGGCUGUGGCUGUGUCCACCACAUAACCCGCCAUUUCACCCUCCUCCCUCCUCCCUCUCCUCCGAUUGGGCCCACUAACCAGAGAGUCGGUGAGAGGGCCCCGCCACCGGCAAUAACCCACCCAACCCCAGUCAGACUCAGAGCCUGCAGCGUGUCGGCGUACCGGCCGUGCUGCUCUGCCGCCCUCCGGCGCCUGUGGCGGUGACGCGCACAUACGCUGGAGUAGCUAGCUAGGCAAGCGAGCGGUGGUGGUGGUCGAGCACGUAGCACACCAGCCAUGACGCGCCGCGGGACGCUCCCGCUGGCGCUGCUGCUGCUGCUGGCGGCGACAACCACCGUGUCCGGGCAGGGCCGACCCGUGACGGACAGCGGCGCGCAGACGCCGCCCACGCCAUCCAGCUUCACGCCCAAGGACAACUUCCUGAUCGACUGCGGCGGGACGGCGCCCCUCACCGCCGACGGCAAGUCGUACAAGACUGACGCGCAGGCCAACCACCUGCUCUCCGCCACCGACGCCAUCCGCGUGGCCGCCGACGACAAGGCCGACGUGCCCUCGCCGCUGUAUGCCACCGCGCGGGUGUUCAAGGAGGAGGCCGUCUACAGCUUUCCGCUCACCGUCCCAGGCUGGCACUUCAUCCGCCUCUACUUCUUCCCGCUCAAGGGCGGCGACGUGGACCUCGCGUCGGUGACCUUCAGCGUCGUGACCGACGACAACGUCCUGCUCCACAGCUUCACCCCGGGGGACAAGCCCGUCAUGAAGGAGUACCUGGUGAACGCCACCGAGAACCACCUCGCGCUCAAGUUCCAGCCGCUCAAGGGCUCCGCCGCCUUCGUGAACGCCAUCGAGGUGGUGAACGCCCCCGACGAGCUCAUCACCGACUCGGCGCUGGCCGUCGCGCCCCUGGGCGAGAUUACCGGCCUCGUGCACGACGCGUACCAGGUCGUGUACCGGAUCAACGUCGGUGGGCCCGCCAUCGGCCCCGCCAAGGACACGCUGGGCCGGCGCUGGGAGAGCGACGCGGCGUACGUGCAGUCCAAGGAGGCGGUGAAGGACGUGUCGGUGCCCACCAGCACCAUCAAGUUCCCCGACGGCACGUCCCGGCUGGUGGCGCCGGCGCUGGUGUACGCCAGCGCCGCGAAGAUGGCGGACGCCGACGUGGCGAGCCCCAACUUCAACCUGACGUGGAAGGUGGACGUGGACGCGUCCUUCAGCUACCUGGUCCGCCUCUUCUUCGCCGACAUCGUGAGCAAGGCCACCAACGACCUCUACUUCGACGUGUACCUCAGCGGGCGCAAGGCCGUGUCCGGGCUGGACCUGUCGACGGUGGCCGGCGGCGAGCUGGCGGCGCCCUACUACAAGGACUUCGUGGUGAACUCGUCGGCGCUGGCGGGGGCGGACGGCAAGCUGAGCGUCCAGGUCGGGCCCAUGGGGCAGGACACGGGGCGGGUGGACGCGCUGCUGAACGGCGUGGAGGUGCUGAAGAUGAGCAACUCCGUGGGCAGCCUGGACGGCGAGUUCGGCGUGGACGGGCAGAAGGCCGACGACGGCAGCGGCGGGCGCAAGGCGGUGGCGGCCGUCGGGUUCGCCAUGAUGUUCGGCGCGUUCGCGGGGCUGGGCGCCAUGGUGGUGAAGUGGUACAAGCGGCCGCAGGACUGGGAGCGGCGGGAGAGCUUCUCGUCGUGGCUGCUGCCCAUCCACACGGGCCAGUCCUUCACCUCGGGCAGCGGCGGCGGCAAGAGCGGCAACACCUUCUCGUCCACCAUGGGUCUAGGCCGCUUCUUCUCGUUCGCGGAGAUCCAGGCGGCCACCCAGAACUUCGACGAGAAGGCGAUCAUCGGCGUGGGCGGGUUCGGCAACGUGUACGUCGGGGAGAUCGACGACGGCACCAAGGUGGCGGUGAAGCGCGGGAGCGCGGAGUCGGAGCAGGGCAUCAACGAGUUCAACACGGAGAUCCAGAUGCUGUCGAAGCUGCGGCACCGGCACCUGGUGUCGCUGAUCGGCUACUGCGACGAGAACCAGGAGAUGAUCCUGGUGUACGAGUACAUGCACAACGGCGUGUUCCGGGACCACAUCUACGGCAGCGAGGGGAAGGCGCCGCUGCCGUGGAAGCAGAGGCUGGAGAUCUGCAUCGGUGCGGCGCGGGGGCUGCACUACCUGCACACGGGCACGGCGCAGGGGAUCAUCCACCGCGACGUGAAGACCACCAACAUCCUGCUGGACGACAACUUCGUGGCCAAGGUGUCGGACUUCGGGCUGUCCAAGGACGGGCCCGGGAUGAACCAGCUGCACGUGAGCACCGCCGUGAAGGGCAGCUUCGGGUACCUGGACCCGGAGUACUUCCGGUGCCAGCAGCUGACGGACAAGUCGGACGUGUACUCCUUCGGCGUGGUGCUGCUGGAGGCGCUGUGCGCGCGGCCCCCAAUCGACCCGCAGCUGCCCCGCGAGCAGGUCAGCCUGGCGGAGUGGGGCAUGCAGUGGAAGCGCAAGGGCCUCAUCGAGAAGAUCAUGGACCCCACGCUCGCCGGCACCGUCAACCCGGAGUCGCUCGCCAAGUUCGCCGAGACCGCCGAGAAGUGCCUCGCCGAGUUCGGCAGUGACCGCAUCUCCAUGGGCGACGUGCUGUGGAACCUCGAGUAUGCGCUGCAGCUGCAGGACGCCAACCCGCCCGAGGGCGGCGACAGCGACGGCAACAGCGACGGUGCCACGGCGGAGGGCGGCGCCAUCGUCCCCGCUGGCGGUGCCGUGCCCGACGCGUCCACCGCCGCCGCCGGGGAGCUCUUCCAGCAGCUCGCCGACAUGAAGGGGAGGUGAUCGAUCGAUUGCACUGUAUGUGGCAUGGCAAUCUGACUGGCUCAACUCAACAGUCGUAUCGUCGUAGUGGAUCACUCGUCUCGUGCAUGUCGUCACAUCGAUGCAUGUAUUGCACGUUGAAAAUUCGAAUUCUAGAACACAAAUUGAAAAGAGUGGUUGGUGAUCAGUACGUGUAUAAGUAUAUAUAUAUGUAUAAUGUAUGUACGUGUAACAACUAGCACUGAUCGAUACAUUCUUUCUUCAACCUGCUGUUCUGAGAGACAGACAGACGACGUGAGCGAGGUCUGCACUAUUGGGAGCUCAUCAUUUCAGAAAUUUCGAAUCUAAUAAAUAUAUAUGUGGCA